GCCACCUGUCAGUGUCCAUCAGUGCCAGCUGUCAGUGCUCAUCCAUGCCACCUGCCAGUGCCCAUCAGUGCCACAUCAAUGCCACAUAUCAGUGCCUACCAGUGCACAUCAAUGCCACAUAUCAGUGCCCAUCUGAGCUACCUUUCAGUGUCACCUAUCAGUGCCAGUCAGUGCUGCAUAUUAGUGCCAGUCAGUGCUGCCUAACAGUGCCAUGCCCAUCAGUGCCACCUAUCAGUGUGUAUCAGUGCAGCCUAUCAGUGCCCAUCACUGUAGCCUCAUUAGCGCACAUCAGUGAAGGAGAAAAAUCAUUUAUUUACAAAAUUUUAUAA